AUGACCGUCGUCAGUGUCGGUUUCAUUGGCUCGGGUCGAUUGGCUGAACGCGUCGCCCGCAGCCUCAUCAAGCACGUGGCCCCACAGCGUAAAUUCUGCUACAACAAGCAGCGCCUCGUGUCCACAUUGCUCGCUUCGGACCCAUCUGAAGAGCGUCGUCGCGUCUUUACUCGUCUUGGCUUCACGACCACAGACGCGAAUCGCGAUGUGCUCGCAGACUGUGACCUCAUUUUCCUCGGCACUGACGCUCGGAAAGCGCUCGCUGCUCAGGCUACAAACGCCCACACACUGUACGUGAGCCUUAUGGGGGACCUACCCGCUCUAGAGGUCGAGGGGCUCUUGUGUCCAGGUGCCAAAGUCAUCCGGCUAAUGCCACAGAGUGAUCUAGAAAAACAGGGAGUGCCCAAGGGCGUGCUCCCUCCACGUUCGUGGGCAACUGUCCGUGGCUCCCACGUGAGCGGUCGAGACCUGCAGCAAGUCAUGCGUCUCGCUGGCAUUGACAAUUGCAUUGAAGUGGACGAGAACUCGACGUCUUGGUGCUUUUCCCAUUUACCACCUAGUGAGGGACAAAAAGGAGGACGGAUCUAUGACUUUGUGAGUAGUAUGGGUGACCACGCCGUUGCUCUCUCGAAACGUGCCGUGCACACGCUCGGAGGGAAACGCGCUCACAUUAAAAACUAUGACGGGGCCUUAUCAAUGGUCGAAGCGAGUGGGGCGGACUUUCACGACACGUACGAGCUUGGACGGGAGCUCGUGUCAGGCAAAUUCUCUAGUGUUAGUGAAGUCACGCACCGUGAGACGGGGCAGCAGUUUGCGGUGAAAGUCAUUCCGGACAACGAGCUGACAGUGGAAGGACGAGAGAUGUUGAUUGCUGAGGUGGGAGCGCUCAACCGCUUGAAACAUCGGCACGUGAUUGCCCAUCAUGGCUUUUACAAUGAAGAUGGAAAGUUCUUGCUUGUGCUUGAGCUCUGCAACUACGGCAGUGUCCGUAACUUGAUUAACGAGCACAAGGUUGUUCCAGAGCAAGUUGCCAAGAGGAUCUUGAAACAGACGCUAACUGCGCUGGACUAUUGUCACUCGAUGGGCCAAGUGCAUCGAGACGUAAAGGCGGAGAACGUCCUGCUGUGUACAAACGAAGACGGCUUGCUCACGGUGAAACUCGCCGACUUUGGGCUGUCGGAGGAGCUGGGGCUCGGCAACCGCCGCCUCCUCACGAUGUGUGGCACUCCGCAAUACCUAAGCCCUGAGAUCGUGUCUGGACGUCGAUACGGGACACCAGCAGACAUUUGGAGCACGGGGAUCCUCGCUUACAUGAUGUUGAGUGGUUUGGUCCCGUUCCAUGAAGCAAGGAACGAGACGGAGUUGUUUAAGCUCAUCAGUCUCGGUGCAGUAUGGUACGACCAACGCGAAUGGGACGCCGUCUCUCCGGCAGCGAAAGACUUUGUGCAGAGCAUGUUGGAGGUGUCUGUUGAGUCGCGUCUUACAGCAGCAGAGCUCUUGCAGCACGACUGGCUCACUGACGUAUAG